CCGGGCUCCAUGGCUGCAGGAUGGACUCUCAUCAGCACCGCCAGCCGCCGCUCGUCCUGCCGCCGCCGGGGACCGUGGAGUCGGCCGGGAGCCGAGGCUUUUCUCCGAUGCGCAGCGUCCACCUGCCCAAACGUCCAGCAGUGAGGGCUGCCAGCGUCCCUCUAUAGAGACAGCCGUGGAGAGGUCGGAGGUCACUUCGCGCAUCAAUGUCGCUCACUCCGAGUCGAAAGCCCUCCUCAGGUCAGCGCAGGCGCUCGGUGGGGACUGGAGGCGGCGGCGUGCGGUAUGCCCACAGUGACACCUCCAGCACGCACACCUACCCCGGUCGGGUCAAGGCUCCGGAGGGCAGCCCCACGGCUCGGACGUAUCCCAGUACGCCCAGGCGUCAGGCGAAGCACACGUCCUGCAGCGACAACCAUGGCAUCAGACCACCGACCCCGGACCAGUACCUCACGCCCCUUCAGCAGAAGGAGGUGUGUAUACGACACCUGCGAGCCCGGCUGAGGGAGAACGUGGAGAGACUACAACACAGGGACUGUGAAAUCGAUGAGUUGAGGACGCAGCUGUACAGGAUGCAGGAGGACUGGAUCGAGGAGGAGUGCCACCGCGUGGAGGCCCAGCUGGCCCUGAAGGAGGCCCGCAGGGAGAUCCAGCACCUACAGGAGGUUGUGGAGUCCGUCAAGACCAAUCUGAGCGUCCGUGAGCAAGACGCCCACGACCACAAGCCAUACUCAGGGUUGCAGGGAGCUCGACCCGGGGGCCGGUCUCGCUCCUGCGGCUGCUCCCCGGCCAGCACUUUAACCCGCGGCGCCACCCACACCCGGCUGAGCAGCGAGGCUCUGCAGCUGGAGCGAGGCUCCAACGCUCCCGAGGCGAGCGGAGCCGCCCGCCCGGCGGGACAGACCCACCUGCUCCUGGAGGCGGCGCUCCUGUCGGAGCAGCUGCCCCCGCAGAGCCACGUCCGGUCCCCGCUGUCGGUGCCGCGCUCCUCCACCUACGAGCGGCUGUGCAGCGGCGGCGCCGUGCUGCCCGUCUCCCACUCCUGCCACACUCUCAGUAGCGGCUGCAGGUGCAGUGGACACGCCUACCUCCCACACCAUCACUUGUUCCUGCACUUACCUCAGGAGGAGCCGCCGGCGACGGCGGCGGCGAGCACUCCAGCCCCCGCCGCCGAGUCCGACCCCGUCCCCGUCCCGGUUCCUGCCGCCGGGAGGAAGCCAGAGGUGCGCUCUCAGGCCUGCAGCCCCACCAUGAGCUGGCUGUGCGAGGAGAGCGUCGCCGAGCAGCUGAGCGUCAUUUCGUCGCCCACACUGGACGUCGCCCCGUCAGGCCCACAACCCCCGCCAUCGACCUUACCUCCCCUGUCCCCUGUCGACCGCCCCUACGCCGCAGAUCCUCCGUCCCCCGGCAGACACGACACGAUACCCAAGACGCCGCUGGAGCCGCGGACCCGCCAGCCCCGGCCUGUAGCUCCCCCUCCUCCGGCGAGGCCGGACGCCACCGUCCUGGAGCUGGACGAGGACAGUAACGAAGACCCCGAAGGGACCGCCGACCGCCCCACUCAGCGCUGCCACUGGAGCCGCUACUUCCUGGUGGAUCUGCUGGCCUUGGCGAUGCCGGUGGUCCCGACCAUGGCGUGGCUGUGCCGAGGGGCGCCACACGACGUCGUGCCCGUGUACCACAUCGGGUCCCUGCUGAGAGGCUGCUGCGCCGUCGCCCUGCACUCGCUGCGACGGCAGGGCGCGGGCCGGGGGCGCCGGCCCACCAGCAUGAACGGAGCGACGUCCGUCUGACGUCCACCUGCAGGCACGGCGCCGUUCCAACACGGUGACAGCCGGGAGUUAGAGAUCUCUUCUAUGGUUUUUGUAUUUUACAUAAAGCCCCUCGUGAUUCUAUAGCAACACUUUGCCCUCGAGGACAAAGGAUUAGUUGUACGUUGAAUUCUUUCCUUCUUGAAACCUCUCUACUGCUCCUGCCUGCAGUUUCAAUGGUCUUUAUUGCAAUAUGCAUGUGGCCCAGUUCGUUUGGGUUCUUCUGCUUGCAUCGGAAACAUGGUUCUUUUUUUUUUUUUUUCUUCCUAAUGAGCAAUCAGGGCAAAAUAUAGAUUUUUAUGAAAAGAAAAGUAAGUGAAGCAGCCUGCUUCUCUGUUUUUAAAGAUAAUGUUUAAGAAAUUGCUCAUAAAUAAAAGGAUGUAAGUCACCAUGGGGAAAGGAUUUUGCGUCACCGUUGCUGCACAAAAUGUGAAAAUCAACUUUAAUGUAAUAUACUGCUUGUGGGUUUGGGAACAGAAAAAGGAGGGGGUGUAAGACUGAUGAUGACUGAUUUUCUCUAAUGGAGCAAGAAGACCUGAAACCUGCAGGGCAGAAAUGUGAUACCGAAACCAAACACAGAGGGUUCGUACAGUUGUGUUUGCUGGAUUCACUUAUCCUGCUUCACGGCAGUGAAUCACUCCUUUGAAAUGGUGCCGUGCCCGAAUCCAAUGUGUAUUUGUGGGAUGAGGCACGCUGCUUGAAUCCCUGACAAAUGAAAACAGAAAAACCAAAAAAAAAAAAAAAAAAAGAAACUGUAGCUGCUGCUUGAGGAUCCUGCUUGGAUUUUUUUAAAGACUCGGAUGAGUCCACACAGCAGUGCUCAUCCCACAAAUGUAUGUUUCAUGCAGAGGAAGCACAAUUUGACAGGAGGAAUGAAAACACCUUCCAGCAGAUUGAGAUUUAAGGCCAAGGAGCUUUGUUACAUAAAACAAUCCACCAAACAUGAGUGUCUUUACUUAUGUUCUCUUCAAUCUGGUGAUUUGAGCCUUCAAAUGGAGCGACGUGAGAACCUUUCCUACACUGGAUGUCUGCCUAAUGUUUGAGAAUUGAAUGUAAUGAUAAGUAUAGACUUCCUGAGGAUGCGCUGGAUCUUCGUACUCCUUGACGGUUCACCUUAUUAGUUUUCAGGUUGCAGGACUUUUGCUUCUAAAGCUACAGUUUUGCUUGAUGUCUGUAAGAAAACGACUGAAUAAUGCAGCGUACCCAAUGUUUCCUGUUCCCCUGGAGAAAUAAAACAUGCUUGUUUUCACUUUUUUUUCUUUUCAUUUUAUUAUUAGUGUGCUGUGGAUACCAUCAAAUAUCGAUCCAUG